AUGAAUGCAAAAUAUUUGAGCACAAUUUUUUGCCGUAAUCCUUACGUUUGUCUUGAAUGUGGUUACCAUGGUUGCAUCACAUUGCCACGAGUCAUAAGCAUAAAUCGUCAUGACCACCGAGUUUCUCGCUCUUAUCACCUCGGUCAUGGCGAUUGGGAAUGUGGAGUUUGUCGGGAGAAGAUGCAUUGGCCCUUUGGAGGUUUCUCUUGCAAGCGUUGUCCUAAUUAUGCUGUUCAUUCAAAAUGUGCCACAAGGGACGAUGUGUGGGAUGGAGAGGAACUUGAAGAUGAGCCGGAAGAAGAGGAAGAAGAAGCUCCAUACAAGGAAGUCAAUGAGAAUGAAAUCAUUCAUUUCAGUCAUGAAGAACACAACCUAAGACUUGGGGAUGAUAAUGUCAUCGAUUGUGAAAAGAUGAGGUGUGACGCUUGCAUCCUUCCCAUCAAUUCUGAUAUAUUCUUCAAAUGUGUGCAAUGCAACUUCUUCCUUCAUAAAGUAUGUGCUAGUCUUCCUCGGAAAAAAAGAAAUAUCUUGCAUAACCAUAAGGUUGAUCUACGGGUUCGGGAUAAGCCGGGCAAGUAUUUUGAGUGUAUCUACUGUCUUCAAUUCUUCGAUGGCUUCAGGUACACUUGUAAGAAUUCUCUCAAAUCCUUUACACGUUGUUCUUUUAAAAUAGAUGUGCGGUGCGGUUCCAUUUCUGAGCCUUUUAACCAUGAACUGCAUCCCCAUCCCUUAUACCGUACCUCGAGAGAGACUAAGACUUGUGGAGCAUGUGGUCAAGAGUCAGACUAUGUCUUAAGCUGUACUUCGUGUAAGUUUGCUUUAGGCAUGGAAUGUGCCACUUUACCAAGAACAGUGAAACACAGAUGCGACGAUCAUGUUUUGUCGUUGCAUUUUGGGGAUGGGAACUCAAAGAGUACUCAACUGUGGUGUGAUAUUUGUGAAGGAAAGACAGAUCCAAGAGUAUGGUUUUAUGGUUGUGAUAGUUGUGGCACUACCCUCCAUAUCAAGUGUGUACUUGGAGACAUGUAUUACUUCAAGCCAGGGAACAAAUACUUGGGAGCAGAACUAGUCUCCAACGAUGGUAUGACCAGACCUUUUUGCAUAGUUUGUAAAAACCGUUGCAUGUUCCCUUCCUAUCUCAAGGCUGUUGUUGAUGAUUCAACUGUUGAAUAUGGUUGUUCAAUGGGCUGUUGCACACAAGACACAUCAAAGGGCCAAGACGAAUUGCUAUAUACCAUUUGAUGUAUCCUCGUAUUAACAGCUGUGUUUAUUUUAU